GUCUCCCAAAGCGCGUAGCCCGAGGACAGUUCUCUGGCUGCCGCGGGUCUCACAGCAUAGCGCAGCCUGCCGCAGAGGCUGGGUUCCCGCAACACUUCAGGCGGAGUGACACAGGUGCGGGCGCCCUCAGAGGGCCACUCGGCACCCGGCUUCCGGGGUUCGGGAGGCGUCGGGGGGCCGGAGAGGGCGCGGUCGGGGAGGAGACCGUUCCCCAGUCCCAGAUAGUCUGGGCGGCGAGCGGGGUGCCCUGUGACAGGCGUCCUCCGGGAGGGACUCUGCGAUGACCCCGCCGCAGAGCUGAGGCUGUCACCCGAACUCCCUCCGCGGCGCCCUCGUCAUGCAGAAGAGCGUGCGCUACAACGAGGGGCACGCCCUGUACCUAGCCUUCCUGGCGCGCAAGGAGGGCACCAAGCGCGGCUUCCUGAGCAAGAAGGCUGCCGAGGCGAGCCGUUGGCACGAGAAGUGGUUCGCUCUCUACCAGAAUGUGCUCUUUUACUUCGAAGGCGAGCAGAGCGGCCGCCCAGCGGGCAUGUACCUUCUAGAGGGCUGCAGCUGUGAGCGAACGCCCGCACCACCCAGGACCAACGCAGGACCCGCUGGCGCCCGGGACGCGCUGGACAAGCAGUAUUACUUCACUGUCCUUUUUGGGCACGAAGGUCAGAAACCUCUGGAGUUGCGCUGCGAAGAGGAGCAGGCAGGAAAAGAGUGGAUGGAGGCCAUUCACCAAGCCAGUUAUUCGGACAUCAUGAUUGAGAGGGAAGUGUUAAUGCAGAAGUACAUUCAUCUAGUUUCAGAUUGUGGAGACGGAAAAGUUGCCACUAACCAACUCCGACAUCAACUAGAAGAUCAAGAUACUGAAAUUGAAAGGCUUAAAUCAGAGAUUGUUGCUCUUAAUAAGACCAAGGAACGGAUGCGUCCGUACCACACCCAUCAAGAGGAGGAGGAUCCAGACAUCAAGAAGAUUAAGAAGGUUCAGAGCUUCAUGAGAGGCUGGCUGUGCAGGAGGAAAUGGAAGACCAUCGUGCAGGACUACAUUUGUUCUCCCCAUGCUGAGAGCAUGAGGAAGAGAAACCAGAUUGUGUUCACGAUGGUGGAGGCCGAGACGGAGUACGUGCACCAGCUCUACAUCCUGGUGAAUGGUUUCCUCAGGCCCCUGCGCAUGGCAGCCAGCUCCAAGAAACCCCCCAUUAGCCAUGAUGAUGUCAGCAGCAUUUUUCUCAACAGUGAAACAAUCAUGUUUCUUCAUGAAAUAUUCCAUCAAGGUCUAAAGGCAAGGCUGGCAAAUUGGCCGAGUUUGGUUUUGGCGGAUCUGUUUGAUAUUUUGCUGCCUAUGCUGAACAUUUAUCAAGAAUUUGUACGUAAUCACCAGUACAGCCUCCAAGUACUUGCCAACUGUAAGCAAAACAGAGAUUUUGACAAGCUCUUAAAACAGUAUGAAGCCAACCCUGCCUGUGAGGGAAGGAUGUUGGAGACCUUCUUGACUUACCCAAUGUUUCAGAUUCCCAGGUAUAUCAUCACACUUCAUGAACUUCUGGCUCACACCCCUCAUGAACACGUGGAGAGGAAAAGUCUGGAAUUCGCUAAGUCAAAGCUGGAGGAACUAUCCAGAGUAAUGCACGAUGAAGUCAGUGACACUGAGAACAUACGGAAGAACCUCGCCAUCGAGAGGAUGAUUGUGGAGGGCUGCGACAUUUUACUGGACACCAGCCAGACUUUCAUCCGACAAGGUUCUCUUAUCCAAGUUCCUUCUGUCGAGAGGGGGAAACUCAGUAAAGUCCGCCUGGGCUCCUUGUCUCUGAAAAAGGAAGGCGAGAGACAGUGUUUCUUAUUCACAAAGCACUUUCUGAUUUGUACACGGAGUUCAGGAGGAAAGCUGCAUUUACUCAAGACAGGUGGGGUUCUCUCCCUCAUUCAGUGUACGCUGGUUGAGGAGCCUGAUGCAAGUGACGAUGACCCCAAAGGUUCUGGCCACAUGUUUGGACAUCUGGACUUUAAGAUAGUAGUGGAGCCUCCUGAUGCUGCCCCUUUCACUGUGGUCUUGUUAGCACCUUCGCGCCAGGAGAAAGCGGCAUGGAUGAGUGACAUCAGUCAGUGUGUGGACAAUAUACGAUGUAAUGGAUUGAUGACUAUAGUCUUCGAAGAGAAUUCCAAAGUCACUGUGCCGCAUAUGAUUAAGUCUGAUGCCCGUCUUCAUAAAGACGACACUGACAUCUGUUUCAGUAAAACACUCAAUUCCUGCAAAGUGCCGCAGAUCCGCUACGCCAGCGUGGAGCGCCUCUUGGAGCGGUUGACGGACUUGCGGUUUCUGAGCAUCGAUUUCCUCAACACCUUUCUGCACACCUACCGCAUUUUCACCACGGCCGCCGUAGUGCUGGCGAAGCUCUCGGACAUCUACAAGAGGCCUUUCACCUCCAUUCCUGUCAGGUCGUUAGAGUUAUUUUUUGCCACGAGCCAGAACAACAGAGAACAUUUGGUAGAUGGAAAAUCCCCACGUCUCUGUCGCAAGUUCUCUUCCCCACCUCCCCUGGCUGUGUCCAGAACAUCCUCCCCUGUGAGGGCCAGAAAGCUGUCUUUGACGUCUUCCUUGAACUCAAGGAUCGGAGCCUUGGACCUGAGUAUAUCCUCAUCUUCCAAUAGUCCCACCAACGCCCACAGCCCUGCUGCGUCCCCGCCACCGCACACUGCCGCCCUGGAGUCUGCACCAGCUGACAAAGCGGGAGACUCCGCAGACAUGUCACCUUGUAGGUCUCCCACGACUCCCCGGAACCUCAGAUAUCGCCAGCCUGGAGGACAGGUAGCUGACAGCACCCACUGCUCUGUGUCACCUGCUUCUGCUUUUGCGAUCGCCACAGCUGCAGCAGGACAUGGGAGUCCACCAGGAUUUAACAAUGAGAGAACAUGUGACAAGGAGUUCAUCAUACGGAGAACAGCCACCAAUCGAGUCCUGAAUGUCCUCCGCCACUGGGUCUCAAAGCAUGCACAGGAUUUUGAACUCAAUAAUGAACUCAAGAUGAAUGUUCUAAACUUGCUAGAAGAAGUUCUACGAGACCCGGACCUUCUUCCUCAAGAAAGGAAAGCCACAGCGAACAUCCUGAGGGCUCUUUCACAAGAUGAUCAAGAUGACAUCCACCUAAAAUUAGAGGAUAUAAUUCAAAUGACAGACAGUCCAAAGGCUGAGUGCUUUGAGACAUUGUCAGCCAUGGAGCUGGCCGAGCAGAUCACUCUCCUGGACCACAUUGUUUUCAGAAGCAUCCCCUACGAAGAGUUUCUUGGGCAGGGCUGGAUGAAGCUAGACAAGAAUGAAAGGACGCCUUACAUCAUGAAGACCAGCCAGCACUUCAAUGAGAUGAGUAACCUGGUGGCCUCCCAGAUAAUGAAUUACGCCGACAUCAGCUCCCGUGCCAACGCCAUUGAGAAGUGGGUAGCAGUGGCUGACAUCUGCCGAUGUCUACACAACUACAAUGGUGUGCUGGAGAUCACCUCGGCCUUAAACAGAAGUGCCAUCUACAGGCUGAAGAAAACCUGGGCCAAGGUGUCCAAGCAGACAAAAGCUCUAAUGGACAAACUUCAGAAGACUGUUUCAUCUGAAGGGAGAUUUAAAAAUCUCAGAGAAACUCUCAAAAACUGUAACCCCCCGGCUGUCCCUUACCUUGGGAUGUACUUGACAGACCUGGCAUUCAUUGAAGAAGGGACACCAAACUUUACCGAAGAAGGCCUUGUCAAUUUCUCCAAGAUGCGGAUGAUAUCACACAUUAUUCGAGAGAUACGCCAGUUCCAGCAGACGGCUUACCGCAUAGACCAGCAGCCAAAGGUCAUACAAUACCUGCUUGACAAAGCCCUUGUCAUAGACGAAGAUACACUGUAUGAGCUGUCACUCAAAAUUGAACCUCGACUCCCUGCUUGAAGAUCUGGCCUUGUCCCUGACACCAUUGGAAUUCUGUGGAAAGUGGGUCACACAUGGCACAGGGGGGACUCAGAGGGACAAUGCCUGCCUCCUUUCACCACCAAAGAUGGAACUGAACUGUAAUUCUGUCUCCAGCAAGAGUGAAGCCCAGCUGCUUGGGCCAAAGACAAAUACUCCAGCCUUGGGUGGGAAGGUGUAAAGUUUGAAGCUGAUGGUGUAAUUUGCAUACACAUGUAAUAUAGAGAUGCUGGCAGCAAUUGUAAUGAGGUGGUAUGAAGGUAAAGCUCCCCUGUCCCAUGUUCUGUAGGGACAAGGUCCUGCAAUGUUUCUUUGUCACUCUACUAGCCUGGGCACACCUGUACCAAUCCUCUAGGACUUAAUCGCUUCUGUUACAGUUCCUUUAUGCCAAGCAUCAUGGCCAGGCUAAAGCUUCCUUCCUAGGCUCAGCACAAAAGCAGUUUCAGUACGCAGCAAGUGCAUGGUUCUCAGUGUGUUCUCCAUGCAUGGGGGGACGUGGCAUGCUCUGAAACAGCUGAUUUUAGCCUUUAGGCCAUGGGACAGGAAAGAGAUUAAAAACACAAGGGGAUUUGUGGGUAGCAUUUCCUUAAUUACAAGUAUCCAGUGUCCCACAGACUUGAGUGAGGGCUUCACUGAGAGAUCAGUGGCUCCAAAAAGCUGCCCUCUUGGAGAACCAAGUAUGGAGGUUUCAGUAAGGGGCCUGUGUCAGCACUCUGGAGAGAAAUGACUUACUAAGCGAAAAUGGAGACCUAAGAAUCAUCUAUGUGCCUGGUCUCACUGUUUCCUUUCCCCUAAAGUUCUCUAAAAACCUUUUCUGAUAUACGCAAACCUAUUUGGGUUUAUUGUGAAUAUGGCUAUACUUUAAAAAUGAGCAUUUUGUGUGUGUGUGGGGGGGGUUUCUUUGGAGAGCCCACACUUGCUUGUGCUGUUGGUAGACAGUCGUUUCUCCUGUCUCAGACAUCUUUGUUUAAACCAGUUUUGAGAUUGUUCUGUGUAAUACUGUAAGUGCAGGGGUAUCGGCCCCAAGGACACCACAGCGCUUACAGCAGAAAACCAAAUGCGGGGGUUGGGGGGUUAGCCUUGCACCCCAAGCCUGGAGAAGUGGCUUUGGUCUCCUCACAAUGGUCUGUUGUGAAAGGAGUGAGACUAUCCCCAAUCACCUCCCUCUCCUCAGGGAGACCAUUGCUUGAAAAGAAGACAGUGAUGGCAAAGGGAGGUUAUUAUUAUCUGAGCCUAGCAGACCUGGCAUUUUCUCUCAGAGGCCUGAUGCUUACUGAUGCUGACAAUGAAGACUGACCUGCCUGGCUAUUUCUCCUCUUCCCUUGCAUUUUAAUUAUGUGGUAGAGCUAACAAUUAGAUAGUGCUUUUCCACUUGCUGGCUUCUGAGCUAGCAUUGGUGAUGUGCCAUAGAACUAGCGUACGUACAUUUCCUGCACAGUAAUAAUGGUCAUCCUUGUAUAUAACUGCAUAGAGAAAUAAAACCUGAGUAAAAAAUAUUUAUAUUAUAUGAAUUCCACUCCAAAAGUCUUUUUGCUGGUUCAUGUUAGCCAACAGUGUAGCACUAAGUCCCACAGGGGCACUUACAGAUGCUUUCUCCUUUUGUUUAUUUCCUGCGUUGCUUGUUCGUUCUCUUCAGCUGCAAAUAAGAGAUGACUGCAUUGUGUUGCAUGAUGAAGGCAUAGGAUGUUGGAUCCUAACGGUGCAUACCUUGUGACUUGUUUCUCGGUGUUCAGAAGCCAAACAGGAUCUUACAGAGAAAAAGGAGAAGUUAGCAUUCUUGAGAGGACCACAGCAUACCAAUCUUAUGAAAAACACCACUGGGGAAGGAGUGCCCACCUCGACUCCAACCCCACCCUGCCUCCACUCCACCCCAUUCCUGCCAGGAUGGCUCUGUGUACACUUUACUUGGGAGUUUGGACUCCUAUUUCUCCAGUGUUGCAUUUCAGAGGCCAGUGUGGCCAUUCUUAGUUUAAAAAAAAAAAAAAAGAUAAGAGAGAUUUCUCCUGUUCCCCGCCUGUUGAAAUCCAGCUUUUCUCUGGAGCUUGUUCCCAGUAGAAUAUUCCGCACCCCAGGGGUCAUUUGUGGAUUCUGUCAUUGCUUUACUCAAUUUCUUCAGCUUGUUAGAGCGAAAGAGACCUAGACCAUCAUAUGUGGGUGAGCCAAGGCAGAGAAUGCACAUUUAGAAACAGAACACCUAAACUUGGUCACAUUUGAAAUUCACCAGAGCAAUUUGUGGUUUUUCUUGUGACUGCUGAAAGUCCCUGUCCUUUGAAGCUUUCUGUGUCUUUGUGGGCUACAAUGCAUGCGCUCCAGUCUGUGUGCCAACACCCUACUUUAGGAGAUGCAUUUCUAAGAGCACCUUAGAGACCAGCUUCUAAAGAUGAAGUAGUGAACACGUGUACUGCAGAAUUAACAGGGAACCAACCUGUUUUCACGCUUUCAAAUGAACACAUAUUCGUGCUAGUCGGUGGUAUGGCUAUGAAGACCUCGGGAUGCCUAAGACAUCUCCACUCUCGAUACAGAAAGAAAUCUCUUAGUGAAGCCCGCUAUCAUAUGUGACAGUCUCAGGCUCGAAGUAUAUCACUGUCAGUUUUCUUUAGCAAUUUAACAGAAGAAUUUAAAGAGGGGAUUUUAAAGUGUCAUGGAAAUAUUUUAGAGUGUCCCUGACACAGUCUCCUUUGCUGUCUGUUUGUGCAUCUCAAAGUAUUCCAUGGAAACAUGAAACUCAUGGAUACCAGAUCAUCUGGAAGAGAAAACCCCACUGUGAGCCAAUUAAUGUGACCAUGGGCCUGCCCCUUUCUUUCGUGUAAGGUGAGACAAAACUGAGGGUCAGCAGACAUUGCAUCGUAUCUAAAGAGUAAUGCAAUACAGUGGUCAUUCCUACAUCUGUCAGCUUUCACAUUAAAACAAAAAAAAAUUAUUUAGCUUUUUUUUUUCAACUUUAAUGUUAUUUCCCCCAGGAAAUCUCUCUUGUUUUAAAUAUGUUUCUUUGAAAUUCAAACCACAAACAUUAUCAUUUUUACUAUGGUUGAAAUGGCAUAAGAGAUAAUAUACUAUAUAAUGUUUUUAGCCAGGCUAAUGUCCACAGCUGGAGGCGAUUCAUGAACGGAAUUCAUUUCCAUUUCUGUGAGAAAUAAGAUUGUAAGUCUAGUGACUUUUUACAUGCACUACUUCAUGAUUCCUGGAAAUAAGACUCUAGCCGGUGGGAAGUAACGGGUAUCCUUUCAGAGGCCACUGGUAUCUUAAAGCAGGACAGAACAGAAAUGGAGAGGGACCUUUUGUUGUAGAUGCAGACUCAUGAGUGAUAUAGCAGGGUUUCCAUUUCCGCUGACAUUUCAUUUUGGGGCGUGGCAUUAAGAUGACCAUUGACUGUCCUUGAUCCAGUCUGCUUGAGAAAAACACUCACCCUACUUCACAGUGUUGAACCGCUGUCUCUACACAUUUCGGGUUGAACCAGAAAGUUGGUGGUGAAGCAACGCUGGGCCAGACAUGAACCUCAGCCCAGCACUGUCCACCAAAAAGCAUAGACCAGUGUUUACACCUCCAAGUCUCAUUUUUCCCAUCUGCAAAAUGGGAUUAAUCAGAACUCCUGUGCUGUCUACCUCACUGGGCUGUCCUGAGGACCAAAGGGGUCAGAAUGUAAACUGUAAAGUGCUGUACAGUUGUGAGGUGGCUGAUCACCAUUCUCAGCUCUCUUUUGCAGAGGAAUUAAAUGUACUUAUUAUUUGUAUGUAUGUGUAUGCUUGUAUGUACAGGCACAUGUGAUAGUCAGCAAAACACAUUGUUUGUGUCUGGCUACUUUGCACAUCCGCUGUCACGUGUAACUCUGAGGAGGGAUUUGUGUUGUGGCUGAGCACCUGCCGCGUGAGGCGUAGGUUAUGCCAACAUGCAAAUUAAACUUCGCCUUGCUUCAGUA